ACGCCCUUUUUCUUCUUCAAGAUCUAGAGAGAGAGAUAGAGAUGGUGGGGAGAUUGGUGCUUUGGACCAUUUUGUCGUUGUUGUCAAUUAAUUCAUUAGCAGAAGCAGAAGCAGCAGCGAAAUUAGCAAAAAAUUCAUCAUGUAAAGAUCGUUGUGGGGGUGUUCAUAUUCCAUACCCUUUUGGAAUGGGAGCUGGUCAUUGCUACGUUGACAAUUGGUUUGAAAUAGUUUGUAAAAAGGACAGUAGCACUCUCGGCAUUCCCAAACCUUUCUUGAAGAGGUUCAACCAGGAAGUACUGGCGAUUUCAAUACCAGAGAGCACCGUUCGCGUUAGCCAUCGCAUAACUGCAAGCUGUAGUACUACACCAGUGAACGAGUACAAUAUGGAGUUUGAAAAUAGUCCAUUCGCCUUCUCGGAGAGCAACAACACGUUCGUUGUCAUGGGUUGCAACAACUCUGCGUCAAUGUGGUCGCUAGAUGGGCGCAUUAUAUUUGGUGGGUGCAAGUCUCCUUGUGGCAGAGGUAGAUUCAUACAUGGAAAUCGUAGCAAUGGCACCUCUAAUUGCUGCGAAACUGAAAUUCCUUAUCAUCUCAAUGCAUUCAUCACAACUAUAGAGCCCAAAGUUUCCCACAAUAUUGUUAAUGGAGAAUGCAACUAUGCAUUCUUGGUUGACAAAUAUUGGUUCCAGAAAUAUUUUACUGUGCCAACCCCUAAUAUAUCAGUUCCAGUGGUAUUGAAAUGGGGAAUUCAUCCCACUUCAUACUCUUCGAAAUUGCAUGGUCCAACCAGCAAGCAGUAUCAAUGUCAUCGCAAUGAUCCUACUUUAUUGGGUGAUCACAACUUCACAAUAUCCACUUAUACAUGUGCAUGUGCUCAUGGCUACAAAGGAAAUCCCUAUCUUCCACAAGGAUGUCAAGACACGGUGGAUUAG